GCCCAGCGGGGGAGCGGAGCUUUCGCUGAAGCCUGCCCGGGUGCGCGCGCCUCGCUUUCCAGGAGCGGGGUAGCACAGCCUGCGGGGGGAUUUCUGUGCGCUGUCUCCUGUUUCAUGCACGCCCCCAGCCCUGCCCCCUGGGUGACUAGCGAGAUACGGGCCAUGAUGAAUUAACUCUCCUGUUUUCCUGUGGGGGCAGCGGCCGCCCCCGAGCAACAAGCGACACCCCGGAGAGUCCCACUGCUCUGCUGCCUGCCGAUCGGAUCCCAGAUGGCUAAUUCCCUGAAUGGCCGGAACCCAGGUGGCCGAGGAGGAAACCCCCGCAAAGGGCGUAUUCUGGGCAUCAUAGAUGCUAUUCAGGAUGUUGUGGGGCCCCCCAAGCAAGCAGCUGCUGACCGCAGAACUGUGGAGAAGACUUGGAAGCUAAUGGACAAAGUGGUCAGACUGUGCCAAAAUCCCAAACUUCAAUUGAAAAACAGCCCACCUUACAUACUUGACAUUUUACCAGACACUUAUCAACAUUUGCGACUUAUACUGGGCAACUGUGACGACAACCAGAAACUUGCACAACUCAGUGAGAAUGAAUAUUUUAAAAUCUACAUUGACAGUCUCAUGAAAAAAUCAAAACGGGCUAUAAGACUCUUUAAAGAAGGCAAGGAGCGAAUGUAUGAGGAACAGUCUCAGGACAGGCGAAACCUUACAAAGCUGUCCCUGAUCUUCAGCCACAUGCUGGCGGAAAUCAAAGCAAUAUUUCCUAAUGGCCAAUUCCAGGGUGACAACUUCCGUAUCACAAAAGCAGAUGCUGCAGAAUUCUGGAGAAAAUUUUUUGGAGACAAAACUAUAGUGCCAUGGAAAGUGUUCCGGCAGUGCCUUCAUGAGAUUCAUCAGAUAAGCUCUGGUUUGGAAGCAAUGGCUCUUAAGUCUACCAUUGACUUGACCUGCAAUGACUACAUUUCAAUUUUUGAAUUUGAUAUCUUCACUAGACUAUUUCAGCCUUGGGGUUCAAUCUUAAGGAACUGGAACUUCUUAGCUGUGACACACCCUGGGUAUAUGGCAUUCCUAACAUAUGAUGAAGUCAAAGCAAGGUUACAGAAAUACAGCACCAAACCUGGGAGCUACAUUUUCAGACUGAGUUGCACUCGACUGGGGCAGUGGGCCAUUGGAUACGUAACUGGUGAUGGAAACAUUUUGCAGACUAUACCUCACAAUAAGCCUUUAUUUCAAGCUCUAAUUGAUGGCAGCCGGGAGGGAUUCUAUCUGUACCCAGAUGGACGAAGUUAUAAUCCUGAUCUGACAGGAUUAUGUGAACCUACUCCACAUGAUCACAUAAAAGUUACACAGGAACAAUAUGAAUUGUACUGUGAAAUGGGUUCCACUUUCCAGCUGUGUAAAAUCUGUGCAGAGAAUGAUAAAGAUGUGAAGAUUGAGCCUUGUGGACAUCUCAUGUGCACUUCUUGUCUUACAGCAUGGCAGGAAUCUGAUGGUCAGGGCUGUCCUUUCUGCCGAUGUGAAAUCAAAGGAACUGAACCAAUAAUUGUAGACCCUUUUGAUCCAAGGGAUGAAAACUCCAGGUGCUGCAGUAUUAUAGAUAGUUUUAGUAUGCCCAUGCUAGACUUGGACGAUGAUGAUGACAGAGAAGAAUCUUUAAUGAUGAAUCGGUUGGCUUCAGUACGAAAGUGCAAUGAAAGACAGAAUUCACCAGUGACUUCUCCAGGAUCCUCUCCGCUUACACAGAGAAGAAAGCCACCUCCAGACCCCCUGCAAAUUCCCCAUCUUAGUCUCCCACCGGUGCCUCCUCGUCUGGAUCUCAUUCAGAAGGGGGUAGCACGGUCACCUUGUGUCAGCCCUACUGGCUCACCAAAGUCUUCUCCAUGUAUGGUGAGGAAACAGGAUAAACCCCUCCCUGCACCACCACCUCCCUUGCGAGAUCCUCCUCCGCCUCCACCUGAGAGACCCCCUCCUAUCCCGCCGGACAACAGGAUAAGUAGACAUUUGCAUCAUCCUGAAAGUGUGCCUUCCAGAGACCAGCCUGUGCCACUUGAAGCCUGGUGCCCCAGAGAUGUGUUUGGGACAAGUCCAUUAAUAGGAUGUCGAAUCUUAAAUGACAGUUCCCCCAAACCAGGACUCACUGCAAGUUCGAAUAUAAAUGGAAGGCACAACCGAAUGGGUUCUGACCCAGGAUUUAUGAGAAAACAUAGACGCCAUGAUUUGCCUUUAGAAGGUGCCAAGGUAUUUUCAAAUGGCCAUCUAGGAAAUGAAGAAUAUGAUAUCCCUCCUCGACUUUCUCCCCCUCUCACAGCUGCCUCCAUCCUCCCUAGUAUGAAGUGUGUCAUUCCUGUAACAAAUUCCCUUGCUGAGAAAUCAAGGGAACAUGUAGAAGAAGAUGAUGAGUACAAGAUUCCUUCAUCCCAUCCUGUAUCCCUGAGCUCCCAACCACCUCACUGUCAUAAUAUAAAACCUCAUAUUAGGGUGUGUGAGAAUGGUCAGUGUGCUGGUAUAAUGAAUGGAACACACAAUGCUGCUUCAGAGAUGAAGAAAUCCAAAACCCCGGAGUUAGGAGACGCCUUUGAUGCAUCCACUGCUCCAGUAUCUUUACCGCCUGCACGGCCUCCUACCAGAGACAACCCAAAACACAGCUCUUUGCUCAACAGGACGCCCUCCGAUUAUGAUCUUCUGGUGCCCCCUUUAGGCGAAGAUGCAUUUGACAACUCCCCACCAUCACUUCCUCCACCUCCACCUCCCGCUCGGCACAGCCUCACUGAGCAUUCCAAACCUCUGGGCUCAGGAAACAGACCCUCUUCAGGACAUGAACUGUUCCUUCCUCCUUCGGAUCUCUUUUUUGAUCCGGCUACUAGUGUAAUUCCUUUGCCUCCUGCUCGAAGAGUAACAGUGGAAAAUGUCAAAACUAAUAGAACAUCCCAGGACUACGAUCCGCUUCCAUCCUCCUCAGAUGGUUCACAAGCACCAGCCCGACCCCCUAAACCACUUCCUCGCAGGACUGCACCAGAAAUCCACCACAGGAAAGCAUACAACUCUGACACCUCCUUGGAAAAUGUGGAUGCAAAAAUUGCAAAACUUAUGGGAGAGGGCUUUUCUUUUGAAGAAGUGAAGAGGGCACUUGAAAUAGCCCAGAAUAAUGUUGAUGUGGCUCGUAGUAUUUUAAGAGAAUUUGCCUGCUUUCCUCCACCAGUCUCCCCACGUCUCAAUCUAUAGCAGCGUGCAAGUCCCUGCAGCAGAUGAAUUCCAUGGAUGUGUGUGUGUGUGUGUGUGUGUGUGUGUGUGUGGAACUGAGAGCAAGAGAAUUUGAGAGAGAAGUUUUCUUCUCUUGUCAUCCUUAGAAGAGGGUCUGUUUCCAGUAGUUUAUCAGAGGAAGAUGGCUACUCUGAUCAAGACUCAUAGAUGGGCUGAGGCUUCUGUAUUUUUGCUAGCCAUACUUUUAAAAUCAGGGUUGAACUGACAAAAUUAUUUUAAGAAGUUUACUUCCCUUGAACUUUGAAUCUGUGAAAUGCUUUUUUCUUGUUUACAAGUUGGCAAGUGGACACCUGUACUUUGUUCCUGUUUAGAUUCCCUUGUACGGUGGUCAGCUCAGCUGUAGCAUUUGCAACAUUUUCCAUGCUGACCGCCCCAUCAACUAAAUCGUUUUUUCCAGAAGCUCUGUAUUUCCAUUUCUCCUUUUAUAAGAGGCUUUAAUGGUUUUUGCAUUUCAAUUUAUCAAACAAAUGCAAAAAAAAAAAAAAAAAAAAAGUAUGUGGCCUUCACUACUGAGCGUUUUCUUCUGAGAUUGCUUUGUUAUUGAGAGAGGAAAAAAAUCUGAAUGUAUAAUGCAUUAUUUUUUGUCUAUGAACUGCCUUUUUAAAGGUAUUUUGACAGUGACGUUGGGCAGCUUUUCUUUUUAUUAUGGAUUUUGUGACCUAUUGUCUUCAAGGUCUUGAUCCAUGUAGUUUCCAGUUUAAAAAAAAAAAAAAAAAAACACACAUGCAGUAAUGAAACGAAAGAACAUGACAUGACAACUUUUAAAAAUUUGAAUGCAGAUGUUGAUGUUGUACUUAAGUUACAUACCAAGGGCACCUGUUGUUCACGCCUUAAGUAUCCUUAGGCGUGGUGAAUAAUGGGGAAUCUCGCUGAAUUAUAUUAAUGAUCAGGUAAAUUUCAGUCCUAUCGUCUGCAGAGUGGAUGAUAGUUAAUUUCCUGUUUGAGUGAUUGUCCUCUGGUUCAUCAUGACUUUAGGGACCAGUUCAUAUUGAUAUGGGAACUUUAAAUCUUUGAUGCACUGUUAAGUCCUAAUGCUACUGUAGGAAUACUUUUUACAAAGCUCUUUAGUAAUCUCUGUUCACCCUAUUGCAUUAGACUAUAUGUUUCAUACCCCAAAUUCACUCAUUCACUAUUCCUGCAUCGAUGGAAACAUCUUAAAUCUGUUUGCCAUGGGUGGAACAGUGUUACCUUAGUCUGCCUUUUUUUUAAAUUUAAAGCACAGAUUGAUGCAAGCCAAAUCAAGUCCUUUAUUUUUUGUUCUUGCUAGACUCUCAAAUUGAGUCCAGACCUUCCACAGUAAUUCUCAUAUUGCUGCUUUCCUGUUUGUGUAAAACACUGAAAUUCACUCUUUUUCCCCCUCCUCUUACUGUUGAGCAGAUGAACCAUGUGGAGGGUAGAGUAGUUUCAGUAUUUUAAAAUAUGGCCAGUACAUAAUCUUGCAAGUUGUGAUAAACUUCGGUUGCGGUAUAUAUUUAUUUCCUUUUUAUCUUUCGGUUUUCUUCUUUACUCAUGGCAAAUUGUAAAAGUUACACCACUUAGAUCAGAUCUGAGCGACAAAUGGAUUGUGAGGAGGUUGGGACUCAACACCGUGGCGCCUCCCACUGGUCGCUCUGGGUAUUAGCUCAGUCCAUGGGGAGCGCCCUCUGCUGGUAGUGUUGCAUCCGUCGUCUGUUCGCUGCUGGUGUCUGGACCUGCGUUGCUCCCUGCUCGGUGACGUCUGUUUCAGGCCACUGCCCUCCGGCAGUGCCCCUUAGUCCAUCCUCACCCCCUUCUGGGGAGGGGGGCAAGGGGGAAGGGAAAAGAGUUAACAGCAGUCUUUCUCUGCACGCCAGCCACAGUGGACAACCACACCCCAAAGUCUAACCCCUUGCGUCAGGGGUCCGGUGCAGUUCGCUACUGCCACGUCCAAUGGCUGGGUGUACGUGCAAGAGGGGGACCCAGGCCUGCUCUCUACACUGGGUCCUAACCCAGGGACCCUUUGGUGGCAGCCUUCCUGCCCUCCUCCUCUCCCCCUGUGUAUCUCUCUCCCUGGGCCGCUUCCCCUUCGGCCCCUUUGCACCGGCUAGGCCCUUCCCUCAGGGCUUGCAGCCUGGCAGACACCGGGCUGGAGGUCCUUUCGGCUCCCCUGAGCCUGCCCAGCAUUGCGCUGUCCCAGGUACUAGUUUCCUCAUGCAGGAGACAGACCUUCACCCUUUGAAGGCCUAGGAGAGACUCCCUGCUCCUCUCCUAGGCAGCCUUUUUAUAGGGCCUAGCCUAGCCCUGAUUGGCUUUGAGUAGGCCCGUCCCUGAUUGGCUGCUGGCCUGUGCAGCUGCUCUGGUCUACUUUAAUCCCCUCUCGCAUGGGGGUAGGGCAACUGCCCCACCACAUGGAUUUAUUUUAAAGAUUUAAGGACAACCAAACAUCUCAAGUAAGGAAUUCAAAGUCACUGAGAAAACCAAGUGGAAAUUACCAUUAUCAUAUCUAGACCUCCAUUUCAUUAACAGCUUAUUCUUUUUUUCUUUUUUUUUUUUUAAAGAAAUCAUUCCUUUUCAGGAUCACAAAGCAUGGCAAGAUGGCCAUCAUUAAUCUAUUUUGGUCCAGUGAAACAAGAUGAUCAGAGGUAUUUGAGCUACAGGGAUGAGUUUCUGUUCUAUUUCAAUCUAAGCAAAUGAUUUCAUGUACUAGAAAAGGGCAUUUGCAGCUUCCUUUGUGUUCAUUCUUUGGGUAGGAAUAAUAAAAGCUUCUGGCUGAA